AUGUCUGUCUCUUCGGUUAAUACUUCCGCUACCACUUUGGUUGCCGCGCAAAUGACAAAUAUCACUUCGGAAGAAAAGCGGAAUCUCCUUUUUGAUGUAAAUUGCUCUUUGGAAGUUCAAAUGGAGGAUUUCGAUGAAAAUUGGUGGCCAUUAGUUUCAAAUAUAUGGACACAAUGGACUUCAUAUAAACAAGUAAAUGGAAACUUUUGGAAGAUCUUUACUUGCCGUUUUACAAAGCAUCGAGACUCUAGUACACGACAAAAAGAAAAUAUUUCUAAUGAAAAACGCCGAAUAACGAAGACAAGACCAUCUGGAUUAUGUCAUGCUAAAAUUAAAGUUGAAUGGUUAGUCUUGUUGAAAAUAGUUAAAGUUGGACGUUAUAAAGACUCGUCCAACCAUACACACUCAUUGUUAGAUGUCGAUAGGCUUAAACGUCCUCAAGUUAUUCGAACUUUAGUGGAAAAAGAAGCUGUCAAAAAUUAUUUGCCUCUGGCAAUUACUGCUGCCGUUAAAGAAUAUGCAACGAUUGAAUUAGGUCUUGGUGCAAGUGCACAAGAAUUGAAGCGCAAGGAAGUAACGAACAUUAAGUAUAAAGUUCGUGGACCUAUGGAAGUUCAUCUCGUUGGCAAUUCUGAUUUAAAGUUAGAUAUUUCACAAUCAGUAUCAUAUUUAAAAGAGCAAGAAUAUCAAGUUGAAAUUUAUCGUGUCCACCAACGAUCUACUAAGGGCAUUGUUUUUGCACACCCUGAGCAACUUGAGAAACUUGAGAAUCAUGGAUGGUUGACUCUAAUUGAUUCCACCCAUAAAACAAAUAGAUAUGAUUGGCGUCUAUUUACACUAAUGUUUCAGAAAAUAUUUGAGGAGAGCGGGUUUGAAGUAUAUGAACAUCGUGAAUUAGUGAUAGAGUUUGUACAAACAGAACAACAAAAAAAAGCCAAAAGUUGGAAACUUACUGUGUUCGAAUUGACUGAAAGAGUCCGCGAUAGAUACUGGAGUGUUGAAGAGGGGGGUAAUGCUGAGAGAACAGAGGCUUUUAUUUCUACAUUAGAAGCCUCUUUAAAUCCUAUUAUCAUACAAUUUAAAUAA